AUGGACCACCAGAGUAAACUUUUACUUUACUUUAGUACUUGGGCAGCACUUUCUGUCGUUGCGUUGAUCCUAAAUAUAUUAAACGUGGACUGGGAAAGGACAUCGCUACCUGAUGGAAUCAUACUUUGUAUUCUACUUGGAAUUGUGCAGGGAAGUGUACUUGAAUUGGUGGUGCAGACUGUAGUUGCAAUAUUCUAUCGGGGUAGCGACCAACGCGACAAAGUCGCCAAUUUCUCAAAUUUGACACUUCUUAUGGCAUACAACCUUCUGGCUGUCAGUAAAUCCGAUAUCAAUGAAACAUUUCAUCAAAUGUACAAGGCAUACAUGGGCAACCUCAGUGAAAACAUUUCCAUCGUUCUUAUUAGUGCUACGUCCGACCCAAAGCUCAUACGUCAUGAAAAGAAUCUUCUGAAACAUUACAGACUAAAGAUACGAAAACAGUUACUCCGAGAACACAUCAGGUACCUCCAGGGAGCUGAAAAUCGCAUUGACAUGUUUCGGUUGCAUUUUUAUUGGAAGCGGUUUUCUAAAGAGUAUUUGCAGAGGAACAUAUAUCAAAUUUGUCUGCAUCUAAUAAGAGAGUUUAUGUUGCUACAUCGAGUUAGCAAAGUUCUUCGCAAGUGUGGACAAUACCAGGAUUUGAUUAUCUUGAGUAGCGGAAUUAAAACGGCCUACUCGUACACUGAUAAUGAAUAUUAUGGUAAGUUGGCUCGUUGUCCCGGUGAACCGCUCUUCCAUAGCUCAGAUGAUGUAAACAAUAUCUGUGGCAGGAAUUUUAAUUAUACACUCGUUUUGGACGGCGAUACGGAGGUCCCUCCUACAACGGCGUACGAAUUGAUGGCGAUAGCAGCGGGCAAUCCAGACCGCGGAAUUAUUCAACCAUCAAUAACAAUGCACGUCAAAGAGGACGACACGUUAUUUAUGCAUAUAGAAAGUUUACGUCAACGCCUGGCAACACCGUUUUCUGAGGCAGUUGGUUCUCUUUUGGGACAAUGUGGCUUUUUCGGAAAAGCGCUGAUUAAGAAUGAUAUUUAUCUGAAUCAUGUCAUUGGAACCCCUGAUGACUUAAAGGAACUUGUACCUAUUGAUGUACUCAGUCAUGAUACGUUUGAAGCCGCAAUUCUGAAACCAUACUACGCUCUUUCAGUUACGCUGCUAGAAGCUCCUUGCUUUAACUACAUCACAUGGGACAUUCGGGAACGACGUUGGAACAAGGGCGAGAUUAUACUGGCCAUGUAUUUCUGGAAAAAUAUAUUCGGAAAACCAAUGAGGUUCCUUCAAAGGAUUCUUAAAGGGAAGAGUUUUGUUGAAACUAAAAUGAGAACACCUAGUAAAUUUGACGUUGCCAGUGCUUAUAUCGCCCAUUCUGCUCUCCGAAUGAUGUUUAUGAAACCUCUUUUACUGCUGUACGCUAUUUUACAUUGUUGGGCCAAUCUAUAUUAUCCAAGCCUCUCAUUAUCAAUUAUCUUAUUUAUCGUCAUGAUUUUCCCUAAAUUUGCAAUCAUAAAUCGGCGAAACGUGCAUCUAGUAUUUAUUGAAGUAUUGGCUUCAUUCUUGCAAUUCACGCCAGAAUGUGUGGUGGGGUGCGUUAGAAUCGCGAGGGCGUUUUACUCCCUCAUAUCGAAUAACACAAAAUGGGUACCACAACGCGCGGUCGAGGAGACAUUUCGUAUUUCAAAUCCGUUCGUUUCCAGUUUUAAACAUUUAUGGGGAUACUCAUUGUCAAGUGCAGUGUUGGCAGUCGUUGUUCAGGUACUCACUAGAAGAUUUCUUAUAGUUGACAUUUUGUUGUUGACAAUGUUUCUUCUUCCGUUCUGCACCGGAUGUACGUCAAUAUCCUUAGCUGCAGUCAAAAGUAAGAUACGCGUAGUACGUAAAAAGCUCGCUGUUCUGAAAUAA